AUGGCAUUCCAGUUAUGUCUCAUUUUGUUUGCGACUUCAGUUUUGGCUCAGGAAUACAAAGGAAGGGGCAAGACAAAGACAACAGAGAGUCCGCUCCGUAAACACUUCAGUUUGACUCUUGUGGGUUCUCAGGGCAUUCGCUUAAGUUGGGAAGUCCAACACUUGCCUAGCCUCCAAGGAACAAAUAUUUCCCUAAAAGCGGUGAAUCCUUCUGACCCCCUAGCCUACAAGAGACAAACUGCACCAUUCCUAGUCGGACAACUCACUCUUGGCGGGCUGAGGCCCUCCACAUUAUACGAAAUCACUGUAGAAGCGAUGAGAGCGAAAGCGGCCAUUUUGAAAUUCACCGAAGACAUAAAAACACUCCGCAUUGCUCCACGUCUCGUUUACAUGGGCGAGAAAGAAAGCACCGUAAUGACUAGUGGAUCCGCCUUAACAUCCGCAAUCGCCGGUUUCGUAUUCAGCUGCAUAGUAAUUGCCCUUACUUGA